AUGGCCCUCUCGGCGGCGCUCCGCCUCCCGCUCCCGCGCCUCCUCCGCGGGCACUCCGCCUCCCUCAUCGCCGCCGCCUCCCGCCGCCGCGCCGCCGCCGGCGUGCCCGCGCCCGACCUCCGCUUCCUCUGCGCCGCCUCCUCGCGCGGAGCGCGUCCCGUCCGCGCGCGCCGCGACGAUGGGCGCUCUGCGGACGGGGACGGGGUGGUCGCCGUGAAGGAGCGGAUUGUGCCCGUGGAGCUCCACAAGGAGGCCACCGAGGCGUACAUGGCCUACGCGAUGUCCGUGCUGCUCGGCCGCGCGCUCCCCGACGUCCGCGACGGGCUCAAGCCCGUCCACCGCAGGAUACUCUAUGCAAUGCAUGAGAUGGGUCUCGCAUCCCGUAGGCCAUACAGAAAAUGUGCCAGAGUUGUUGGUGAGGUACUAGGUAAGUUCCAUCCUCAUGGAGAUUCUGCGGUUUAUGAAACUUUAGUGCGAAUGGCUCAGGACUUUUCAAUGAGGUACCCACUUGUUCAAGGACAUGGUAACUUUGGCUCAAUAGAUGCUGAUCCUCCUGCCGCGAUGCGAUAUACAGAGUGCCGCUUGGAUCCUUUAACAGAAGCUAUGUUCCUGACUGAUCUGGAGCUGAAUACAGUUGACUACGUUCCGAACUUUGAUAAUUCACAGAAAGAACCAUCUCUGUUACCCGCUCGUGUUCCAUCACUGCUGUUGAAUGGAUCUUCUGGAAUUGCAGUUGGAAUGGCGACAAAUAUUCCUCCUCAUAAUCUGGGAGAACUUGUUGAUGCACUCUCUGUUAUAAUUCAAAACCCUGAAGCUACGCUCCAAGAACUACUAGAAUGCAUGCCUGGUCCUGACUUUCCUACAGGAGGGAUAAUCAUGGGAAAUGACGGUAUUUUGGAUGCUUAUAGAACUGGACGUGGUCGAGUUAUUGUGAGAGGCAAAACGGAUAUGGAAACAAUUGACGAGAAAAGCAAGCGCACUGCUAUCAUAAUUAAAGAGAUUCCAUACCAAACAAACAAAGCCACUCUUGUGCAAAGGAUAGCUGAGCUUGCUGAAGACAAGGUGUUAGAAGGCAUCAGUGAUAUUCGGGAUGAAAGCGAUCGCUCUGGAAUGCGUGUAGUAAUUGAGGUGAAAAGAGGUGCAAAUCCUGAGAUAGUCCUGAACAAUCUGUAUCGUCAUACAGCAUUGCAGUCUAGUUUUAGCUGCAACAUGGUAGCUAUUCUUGAUGGGCAUCCAAAAUUGAUGGGAUUGAAGGAAAUUCUUCAGGCUUUUCUUGACUUCAGAUGUUCCGUUAUUGAGAGGCGUGCGAAGUUUAAGCUUUCACAAGCUUUAGAAAGAAAACAUAUCGUGGAGGGCAUUGUCAUUGGUCUUGACAAUUUAGAUUCCGUAAUUCAAAUGAUAAGGGAAACAUCGAAUCACUCCAAAGCAAAGGAAGCUUUAGCGAAUGAAUAUGGUCUAUCUGAGAAGCAAGCAGAAGCUCUGUUGGAUAUUACACUAAGGAAACUUACAUCCCUUGAGCGGAAAAAAUUUAUUGAUGAAUCCAAUUCUUUGUCUGAGGAUAUUUCAAAGCUAAAUGAGCUCCUGUCAAGCAAGAAGCUUAUGUUUCAGCUCAUUGAACAAGAAGCAGCUGAUUUGAAGAACAAAUUUGCUACCCCGCGACGUUCUUUCCUAGAAGAUUCAGCAAAUGGUGAAGUUGAUGAUAUGGAUGUUAUUCCUAAUGAAGAAAUGCUUUUGAUUGUUAGCGAGAAAGGCUAUCUUAAGCGGAUGAAGCCCAACACCUUCAAUUUACAACACCGGGGGACAAUUGGAAAGUCUGUUGGAAAGAUGCGAACAAAUGACAGCACGUCUGAUUUCAUUGUCUGCCAAACACAUGACCAUGUUCUCUAUUUCAGUGACAAGGGAAUAGUAUACUCAGCACGUGCUUAUAAGAUACCUGAAUGCACAAGAAAUGCUGCUGGGACUCCAUUAGUACAGCUGCUUUCUUUGUCUGAUGGGGAGAGAAUAACCUCCAUCAUUCCUGUGAGUGAAUUUGGUGAAGACCAGUAUCUAGUGAUGCUGACCGUUAAUGGAUAUAUCAAGAAAGUUCCUCUUAAUGUUUUCUCCUCAAUCAGACCAACAGGAAUCAUUUCAAUACAGCUGGUUCCUGGUGACGAGCUCAAAUGGGUCCGUCUUUGUGGGGAUGAUGACCUUGUUGCUUUGGCUUCACAAACAGGGAUGGUUAUAGUCAACACAUGUAACAAGCUUCGUGCCCUUGGAAGGAAAACAAGGGGUGUGGUUGCAAUGAAGCUAAAAGAAGAUGACAAGAUGGCGUCCAUGGAUAUAAUUCCAGCCACAAUGCAUAAAAUGCCUGAAAAAUAUGAUAGCAGGGUCAAAGAUUUGAGUCCUCCAUGGCUGCUUUUCAUAGCUGAAAAUGGUUUAGGGAAGCGUGUGCCCUUGAAUGCUUUCCGGCAAUCAAGUUUCAAUAGAAGAGGCUUGCAUGGCUACAAGCUUCCAGAAGAUUGUCGCUUAGCAGCUGUAUUUGUUGUUGGGGUUUCACUGGCUGAUGAUGGUGGAAGCGACGAACAGGUUGUUUUAAUUAGCCAUGGUGGCACUGUAAACAGAAUCAAGGUUAAAGAUAUAUCCAUCCAGGGUCGUGGGGCAAAGGGAGUCAUUCUGAUGAGGCUGGAGCAUGCGGGGAAGAUCCAGUCAGCUUCGCUGAUGUCAGCCACAGUCGCAGAAGAGAUCAUGGAUGAUUGAUUCACAGAAUCACGGAAGAGGCGAGUAGAUUCUUCUAGCAAAAGUCCGGCUGGGGAGUGCAUCUGUUUUGUUGGCUGGCUUGCUCAUGCUGUGCUCCCAGUACAAUAUUCCACGCCGAUUGAGGCAUAUAGCUGAUAGCUGAUUUGGGUAGAACUUUAGUUGCCAUUAACCUGUGUCUGGAGAUGUAGGGUUUGCCACGCAGAACCCGUGGCGUGACAAACAGAAUUGAUCCCGCCAUGGCCCUCGGGAAAUAGAGGUUCUAUGAGACAGAAGCGGAGUGUAGGGAAGCCGGUGGUUCUCGAUAGGUGCAGACGAAGACCAACAACGGCGUAGAGACCUGUUGAUGAUGGCUCGGAUGCUUACCGGAGCGGCUGAAAAGCAUCGCGCUCCAAUUUGCCAUCAUUGUUCGCCGGACACGUCAAGGACUGAAGUCAAUACCGUUGUGUUCACCUAAGCUAAAGCAUAAAUAUUUAAAGGGUGUGACCUGGUUUUUAAACAAAAGUUUAAAUCUUAGUUGACGUAUCAGAGCCAUUACAUUUA